UGCGCUGAAACAGAACGCACUUCACUGACUACCUAUGCGUGCGGUUCGUCAAUUCAAUCCAAACUGUAUUCAGACAGUGGGAACAGCCCACAAUACCGAGACGAGCCGGCCUCAUUCAGUCUCUAAACUCGGCCUAUCCAUUGUAUACACGUUGUCAAGGUGCCUUUCUUCUUUAAAUGUGAAACAAGAAAUGAUAUCGUUGAACCUUAAUGACAUGCCGAGAUUGGUCAUAUCCGAGGAAUAUGUGUUCAGGACGUUAAAGGAUAUUUCAGCUGACAAUUGUUUGAGAAUCAGCAUGCACAGGUAACACUUCAAAAUGGGCAGUUCAAGUAGCGCGUCAAGGCCACCACGCAGUGUUUCCCACAAAGACCCCAGAAGUCCCAUCCGACAUUCAAGACAUGACGCGGGAACCAUGGAAACAGCCGCUAGCGACGACAAGACACAGACGAUGGAUCUUCUACUUCCAGCAUAUAACGAAGAUGACGUCAAAACGGCCCAGAACCUGCAGAAAGACCACCCAGAGUUGUUCUAUGUGUUUGAAAAAAUGCACGCACUUGUAGAGAAGCUAGAAGAGAAUCAAAAGUCCCAAUGGCAGUGGAUUGAACUCGAGGAAAGUAUUGAAUCCAGCAUGGAAAGUUCAUAUUUUGAUCAUUAUGAAAAGAAGCGGAUUUUGGGGAGGUACAUGGCCUUGCUUCGAGCUGCAAAUCCCUUUACCGAGGCAUAUGGUGAUGCACUUGGUGAAGCCGGUCUCACAGCAUUCACUGCCAGAACUGUUAAAUCCCACGCAGCAGAUGCGCCUCUUGGGUUCCUCGUCACGCUGAGAUCAGUGUUGCUGAACUAUACUGAUUCCAGUUUAUACUUCUGUGAAAAACUUGCUGAUAGUGGUAUCUUCAAAUAUUUUGUUGACGAUCUAAAGCAAUCCCGUGAACAUGUGGCGGACUUCGAUGAUGGGGCCGACGAUUGUUUUGUCGCUUCCAUUGGGGUGCUGUACAACUCUGCCCGAAAUCCUGCCAUCAGACAGACUUUAAGGAACCUGGACACCGUGUCUGUUCUCUUGCCAUUCCUUAAAUCCAAAUCCGAAAAGGUGCGGAUGUUGGUUCUUCUCAGUCUCGCUAAUAUGUUGGAUGAAGACCAAAACGACCUUCUUUUGGCUGAUGAUUCUGUGUUUGACUUCAUUCUGUUUGUAUUGGAUCGAGCCUGGAAAUAUUCAAAUCAUCGAUUCGAUGGCUUCAGUGUUGAAGAAUUGAUAGAUGGAAUGACAGGGUUGGCCAAGAAUGACUCCAACAAGACUCUGCUGGUGAAGAAGGGGGUGUUGCCAAAGAUGAUGCUUGUGAUAAAGAACAGCAGCAGUGGUGAGGAGAUCGAGAAGGCUGUCAAGUGUGUUUGGGAACUGUCUUUUAACGAAGAGAACAGGAAAGAUUUCAAUGAAAACAAGGAGCUAAUGGAUUUACUAAGGAAGUGUAAGAAUUCCUCGGAUAAGGCCGUCGCCAAAGCAGCAGAAGGAGCUCUUUGGGUUCUGCAGAUGAAGACAAAAGACGAAAACAAGAAAAAUCUCAAAGAAGACAAGAAAGACAUAUCCGGUCACGUGAUGAUUAGUUACAACUGGGGCGACCAGAAGACGCUUCUCCAGGUGAAGGAACUACUGAAGGCUGACGGUUAUAAUAUUUGGAUGGACGUCGACAACAUGGGAGGGUCCACACUGCAGGCGAUGGCGGAGGCCGUUCAGAACGCUUCUGUGGUGUUGGUGUGUAUGUCGGAGAGAUACAAAGAGAGCCAAAACUGUAGAUCAGAGGCAGAGUACGCAUUCUCGCUACAGAAGACCAUCAUCCCCUUAUUGAUGCAGAGGGAGUAUAAGCCAGAUGGUUGGUUAGGGAUGAUAAAAGGAACCAAGCUUUUCUUCGACUUCAGCGGAAAAUACGACUUUAAUAAGAAGUUGAUAGAACUCAGCAGAGAGUUAGGAGAGAGAGGCAAGGGUCUUGAAGCUGAUGCUGUUGAUGGUGAGGUGAGGACGACCGCUCCCGUCCUGAAAGCCGCAGCUGUGGACGCAGCAAGAGGCCCAACAACUGCCGCUUGGUCCAACAAAGACGUGCACAACUGGCUAGUGAAGUCCGGCCUCAACAGGCACUCCUCGCUGAAAGGUCUCUGCGGUGAAGAUUUGGUAUUCCUUAAGAAGCUUUCCUACAAGGCGCCGGAGUUCUUCUACACGUAUGUCAAGGACGAUCUCCAGCUGAACGACCUGAGAGACAUAAGGAGGUUCAGCGAAGCAGUGGAACGUCUUAACUGACUACACCACCUGUGGCGUACAGGACUUGUUAGCGACGUGGUGCACGCCUAGCGUAUGACUCGAACAGGUGUCAUAGGAAAUAUACACCUGGAAAACACUGCAGUUCUGUUGUUAUGUCUACAUAUGACAACGGCCUCGCUUUAGAGCCGUUGUGCCAGCACUGACUGGAUUCUUGCGCUAUAGAAAUUCUUAGUUGAUGAGGAGUGAGUGAGUAUGGUUUUACGCCGCUUUUAGCAAUAUUCCAGCAACAUCACGGCGGGGGACACCAGAAAUAGGCUUCACACAUUGUACCCAUGUGGGGAAUCGAACCCGGGCCUUAGCGUGACGAACGAACGCUUUAACCACUAGGCUACCCAACCGCCCCGACAACGGCCUCAGAAUGUCAAAGUUCCCUAAUAUAUCGGAAGUUUGUAUAAAAUCUGUGAAUGUUCCUCCAAGUCAUCGCGAUAGAUAAUACGAUAGGCGUAGUUAGUGCGUGUCAUCCGGAUUCGAACCUAAAAGCAUACGUUUCUGGUGUACCCAAGGGGAGCAACUCUAUUUUCAGCACCUUAAACGUCAUGGCUACCCUUUUUAAACAAAAAUUAUUUUAUUCAUUUCAGCCAUUAUACAAAUAUUGCACAUUUUCACAAUGUUUCAUGACAGUAGGGGUAGGUUCAUUUUCACAAUAAACAUGGCAAUUUAAACAUGGUAGUUCUUUAGGCCAUUUACUU